UAUACGGCGCGCAAGUUGUCAACUAAUUGCACAAGUAAAUGGGACUACUAUACUUACUAUUGUCAAUUUAUCAGGAGUGAAAAACGAAUGUGUAGGUGUGCAUGGCAGAGCGACGAAAAUUAAAGGUGUAUUUGGAGCAUCAAUGAUUUAUUGGUACAACGAUGCGUUUUUCUCAUUUGGGACACGUCAUCCAAAGAAUGACUCGAGGUCUACUAAAACAGAGAGACCUGUGGUGCUAAUUCUGUAAUUCCAAGUGCGGAUUGAUGCCAAUUUCGCCAAUGCCACGCGGGGCAUCGAGAAAGUAUCGUUUACAAAUGUUCAACAUCAUCUAUAUUGACGCUGUCCAAAAUUUUGUCUUGUCAUAACCUAUUCACCAGAGAGCUGCUUUCUCUGUCUCUCUCGUGCCGAAUGUUCGAGUGUUCAGUGGGCACCUUGCGUGUGUGUUCGCUGUGCUUAUAGUGUAUUUAUAUCCACGUAUAUACUCAGUUGAUGGUGUCGAUGACAGUGUCGAGACUGUCGAGUGUCAAGUGGAGAAGAAACAAUAAUUCUCUCUUGAAGUUUUGACGUUGCUUCUGUCGUCAUCAGCAUUUAAUCAAUAUGUCAGGCCAGAGUGGAGGACAACGCCUACGCCUGUGUAUGCUUAAUGAGCAUUUAACGUGCAGAGUAUGUGGGGGCUAUUUCGUCGACGCCACCACGAUCAUGGAGUGUCUACAUACAUUUUGUAAAAGUUGUAUUGUCAAACAUUUGGACAGAAGCAAGUAUUGUCCAGUUUGUGGUAUCCAAGUCCAUAAAAGCAAACCUUUGUUGAAUAUCAGGCCUGACCAAGCUCUUCAAGACAUUGUUUAUAAAUUGGUGCCUAGUUGUUACCAAAAUGAAAUGCGAUAUCGCAAGGAAUUUUAUGAUAAACAUCCUGACGAGAGAAGUAAGGUGACAACUUCAGAAGCUAUGGGAGAACCUACAGAAACUUUUAUUUAUUCUCCAGAUGAGUCAUUGAGUUUAUCCUUAGAAUAUUAUAGUCCACAAGCUGUUGAUAAAACUUUCAAUGACCAGGAAGCAGCAUCAAAAAUCUUACCAAGACGGUACCUUCGAUGUCCUGCUGCAGUAACAGUGUUUCAUCUUCAAAAGCUAAUCAGGGCAAAAUAUGGGUUAAGUGAAGCCCAUAGGGUCGAUAUAAUGUACAAAGAAGAAUCUUUGGGAGCCACGUACACAUUAAUGGAUAUUAUGUACAUUUAUCAUUGGAGGAGGAAAGUUCCACUUCACUUAAGCUACAGAAUAUUUGAAUCAGCUAUAAAACAAGUUAUGUUGUCAAAUGACAAUGAUGAUUUUAAACAACCGCUCUCUAAUAGUAAUAUGGAAGUGGAUUCGAAGGAUGAUGGACAGUCUGUUAAACGAGAAUGGAAAGAGGUUCAGUUAAAAAUUUCUGAAACGGGAGUGAUGAGUGUGACAGAUAUAACGAGUUUGGAUUCAAAAAAGAGUACCAAAGUCAAUGAGAUUAAUACGCAGAGUGUAAGUGUGGAUCAGGCGUCCCUGAACUCGUACAAUAUAAACACGACUGUCGCGACAGAAGAAGCAGAAUCUUUUUUUAGAAGUGCAAAAGUGCAGCAAAAUAGCGUGCCCCAAAAAAAUGAAAAAUUACAGGAAGAAAAAAAUAGCGUUGCACUUGAUAGUUCGAAUGAGGCAUUUCAUAAUAAUGUCAAAAGCGAAAAAAUGGAAGUUAAACCGAUAGAUCAGCGAGAUUUGUCGAUUGAACUAUUAAAAAGUGCCACUGAGAGUAACAAAUCCUUAAAAACAGUCCUGGAAGAUUCUGCCCAGGAAUCGUUAGAUGAAAAUCAAACGCAAACGCAACUACUGGUACAAGAACAAGUCAAAACGGAAUCUGUCUUUGCUUGUAUAUUUGAAAAGCAAACUCUCGAGAAACAUCUAAAUCCAUAUAACAUCAUAAAAACUGAUAGUGGAGAAGUCAAGGUAGAUACUAAUGCAAAGCAGAAUGCGAAAGCUGGUUCAAAAAUCAAUGCACUUAGCGCAAAACUGCAAUUUCGGCCAAAGACGGGUAAAAGUACGAAUACAUACACCAAAAAAUCAGCCUCAUUCAUAGUAAAGAAGAGAACUUUGUCGCCGCCUGUAAAUCACACUGAGAUUAAGGCUCUAAAAACCACGUUGAAAUCCGAUGUAAAAUCAUCGUUGCUUUUGAAAAGUUCUUCCAACAGUCAAUCUUUAGAGCCAAAAGUGCCACCAGCAUCAAGUUGUGCUGCGAUUGCACCCGCUACUCAUGUCCAAAGUGGCAUAUUGAAUACCUCGUUGGCUUUUGAAAAAGCUCCUUCUGGGGUAUCUACCUCUGCUAACUCUUACUAUCACCAGCAAAACAAAAACAUUUCUCAGCCAAUAGCUCAAGGCAGCGAAGCUUCAAUCUCAGUUGGAUUACCUGUGUCAACCUCAACAAUGGAAAUUCAAGCAAGUCACAACAGUUGGAUGCCUGAGCCAGCUAGCAGCCAGAAAAACUUGACCGACAAAGCAGCGAUCGUGGACAAACAGCUACGUUCGUUACCCGGGAUGCCACAAAUCGGCAAGGAAAUUUUGUGUUCGACCACAGCGGCAAGUGGUUCACCUACCAGCGUGAGGCGUCUGAGCAUUCAGACACCUUCAAUGAGCAUCUACUACAGUAGUUCAUCGAAACAUAAGCCGCCAACGUCGAAAGUAAACUACGAUACCACAAGCAUGUAUUCAGUGUCGUCAGGUCUGGAUGCUGCGCCGAUCUCAUUAACAAAAUCAUCAUUGGUGGCGAGUUCUCGUAAGGAUGCAGUUACAAAGGGCACGACUGUUAACGAGAUUUGCGACAAAAUUCGCAGUAGCUCAAAACUUGUUACCGAUAACUUGAAAGACAAAAACAAGCUUGAGGCGCAACAAUGCGACAAGCCAGAGAUACUAGAACUACUUAAAAUCUCAAAAAAAAACGAAGCUCUGGACGCUACUCAUGCCAAACACGUACCGAAUAUUCCUAAUAUGCCGAUCUACACCCCAAGCAACAGCCAGUACCAACAGAUGCAGCAAGGCACUGAGCCAAAAGAUAACGUCAAAAAGCCGGUGGCGGCAAUCGCACCGUCAUCGCAAGGAUUGAUAAUGGCUGCUGUCCAUCAUCAGGUGCAUCACGAGCAACAGAAGCAAACAGCCGAUGCAAGUAAGCAGCAGCAGCAGCAGCAACAACAACAUUCAAGUGCAUCUUACAAGACACUGCGUUUCCCUCCAAAAAAUUGGAAUCCAACGUUAUCCAAGAACAAUUACGUAGCAGCUAAGAAUCAAGCUAAAGAACUUCAGGCAGCUUUCAGUGCCGCUGCCGACGGCAGUAGCUUACAUAGACAGAUACCCUUGAAACCACCUAAAAUAUUUAAAAAUAAAAAUACGCCUCGAUUUUUAGGUAAUCCAGCAUCCGGUGUUAAACCCAUGUACGGCGUGGUAAGCGAUCAACUUAAAGAAAAGGACCAGUCAAGCAGCAUAGCAAAGAACAGCCCAACAUUGACUAAAAUCGAUCCGCAAACUCUCUCACCCAUAAUCACGGGCCAAAACUCUAUGGCUACUCCGCAACCUUACUCGCCCACAACCCGGAACAGCAGCUACCACAAUAGCCCGUACCAGCGAAACAGCGGUGGCUCGUCCGUCAGUAGCUCGCUAAGAAACUCACCAGUCAACAUACUCUCGACCAGUCCCUUUAUCCCAUCGCACACACCAAAUACCAAUCCCCGUAUCAUCUACUUCCCAUCUGCGGCAGGCUACAGUCCCGACGCUAGCCACCUAUCUAAUCCGUUGAUCCGGCCGCCAAUACAACCACCUCCAAGUGCCUUCCACUGCAGCCUACCGCCAUCGAUAAAUAAGCUUUAUCAGCGCUCGGGCUACCUGGCUCAACCACAAACGAGCGUCGUUACCGCUUUUAAUACUGCUGCUGCCACCAGUGCUGGUUUUCCAGCUACGAGCAGUGGAAGCCAGCGGCUGCAGAUAACGUCGCCCAACAGCCACUCUUCACCAAUGGCCUCGAUACCCUCGUCUGCUUCAAAGUUGCCAAAAAUGUUGUCGACUUCUUCUGGCACGGCAGUUCCCUCGCUCGCAGGUAUGAAUCUUGUAACGACUUCGACUGCGUCUCUAGCCGACAGUAUUGCCCUGCAACUAACUGCUAAGCGCGAACACCACAAUAUCUUUGAUAUAAUGCGGCCUGAAAGUAUGAAACCGCCAAGUGCCGACACUAAUAGCUCAAUGUCGCCGGUAUCGACGACUCAUGCUGUCAGCCCCAAAGUCAACAUCUGCGAUGUCGAACUAAAAGGCACCAAUGCUAAUGUGUCAUCGACGACGAUGAUGAAGAAAAAGAAGAGCGGCGCAACCAAUUUUACGGAUUCUCCAGCUAAAAACGCCGUGAGCAUAGUUUCUACAAGCACAACGCCAGGGGCUAAAGAUACCGUCGAUAAAAAGAAUAAGAAUCGGACUAGGGUUAACGGGAACAUUUCUCUCCCAACGCCACUACUGAAUGUUGAAAAGCCAAAGGACCCGGGCGUUGAGGCACAUACACAGCAGGAACAAGUUACAGGGGCAUCGGAAGAUAACAGGUGUAUUCUUAAUGGAUCGAACGGCAAAUCAAUGUCGUCGUCGCCGAGGAAAUUGACAGGUGACGAGAGUGCGUUGACGCAGGAAGAAUCUAAUGAAGGUCAAGCAAAACAGGCCAACAGUACUAUUCAGUCGAAGCAGAAGAAAAGCUCGACUGGUCCGGGUACGGAAAACCCUUCGUCGACACCUAGUAACAAAGGAAAUAACGAGGCUCGAGACAAAAAAGCCAAGUCUUAAUUUUUAAUUCGUCAAGUCGCAUCGUUAAUCUUUUGGGACAAUUAAAGGCGUGUUUCUUGGUAAUGAUGUAAAUUUGUAUAAAUAUGCGGCCAAGAUCGUAUUUGUCGAUUAAUUAUUUAAUGAUACAUUUCGAGAUUUUAUUGCUGUACAGUUAACAGCAACUUUUGUUGAGCACACUAUUUGUCCCAAUUACUUAAUUGCUUGGACGCUUGAAUUUAUUUUUGAACUUUUUGUUUAAAUUGUUAGCUAUUGAAUGCAACAGUCUCGGUUUACAUAAUUUUGAGUAAAACAGGCAUCUUUAUUUUUAAUUGCAUUAAACAAAAUUAGUGUCAAGUUUUUUGUCAUUGAAAUGUAAUAUUUAAUCGACUAUUUAGUCUUAAGCUUUGAAAAUUGAAAUAUUUUCUGCAUAUCGUUGUUUAUUAUUUUUUUAAUCUUAAUACCAGUACAAAUUUUCAUAUCUUAGUGUUUGAUGAGAAGAAUUCUAUUGAUGUGAUAUAUAUAUGGGUCAUUGUAAAAAAAUUUGGGCUUUUCAUGUCCUUNUU